AUGUCCUACCGCCUUGGGAACACCGUCGAUGACGAUGAGGGUUGGGAUGAUAAUGAUAGUGAUAUCGAGCUCCUCAAUUACUACUCAGACACCGAGUCCGACUAUGAGAUUGUCACGAACAACGCCACUACAGCUCAGACAGUCUCUGGAAAUCGACCGAGAACAACACAGGAGCUUGCAUCUGAUGAUGAUGUUCAUCUCCCGGAUAUCGCGAUACAGAGGUUCAAGAUGGCUAAGGGCAUCCUCGUGAAACCUGGUGACACGGUAGAGCUUAGGGACCAUUCAAGACGAGAACCAGAAGCUCUGCACAGCGGCGACUUCCUCCGCAUCAAGACCAUCAUUAUGAACAUGCAGACAGAUGAAGUCCGAUUGAGAGGCUAUCGACUGCGGCGCACUAAGUACGUAGGCCAGAUUUUUGAUUGGAAACUCAACGAACUUGGAAUGGUGCUACGUGUCGAUGAAGAUGACUACCGUUCGCCUCUUGUCGCCGGUAUAGAAGAUGUGAAGAUUGAAGAGGUGCUCCGUCUACGCGAGUGCACGCUCACUAAUAAGCCUUACCCUUUUAUGAGCUUCCGAACCGACAGCCAUACUGCAUACCCAAGUGGUAUGAGUGAGAAAGAUAUUAAGCGGCAAAUCUUCCACGAGAGUCGGCUGACAUGCCGUGUCGUUAAUGUACUCUACAUCAGCAGAGGCAGGAACAAGCCUUAUGGUGGCAUCGUGCGUCAUCUUUACACCCAUGAGGCUGACAAGUCGGAAGACUGCAUCCCAAAUCCUGGCUACUCGCGCGAGAUACCUAUCUCCGUAGAAAGCGACAUGGAAGACGACGACUGCGUUCUUGUUAGCAGGAAGCGACGCACCCGUGACGAGUCUCCUGACUUCGAGAUCCUCGAAGAAAGGCUCCUAAAGCGCAAGACGAGAAAUUCGCUGAAGCAAUGUCGGCUAACAUUCGGGGAUGUGUUCUGCGGAGCUGGAGGUGCGUCCCAAGGCGCUGCUCAGGCGGGCUAUUAUGUCCAGUGGGGACUUGACAAUAACGAACGCGCACUGGAGUCAUACAGCCUUAAUCACCCUGGUGCGUAUGCAUUUAAGAUGAAUGCUCACGACUUCCCGCCAGAGGGUACUAGCAAAGAAAAUUUGAGGGUUGAUGUCCUUCAUCUAUCGCCCCCGUGUUGCUACUGGAGCCCUGCGCACACCACUGACGGCCCUAACGAUCAAGCGAAUUAUGAGACAAUAUACACUGUCGGUCCUAUCCUAAAGAAGGUGAAGCCUCGGAUUGCAACCCUCGAGCAGACAUUUGGCCUCGCCACUCACGAGCAGCACAAGCGCAACUUUCUCAUGCUGCUAUAUGACAUCGGCCAGGCCGGAUAUGAUGUUCGCUAUAAAGUUCAGGAUCUAUCGCAACACGGUCUUGUGCAAAAACGGAAACGUCUGCUGAUCGUUGCUGCAAGACGAGGAACACCUUUACCUCCAUUUCCAAAACCCAGCCAUGGCCCUCCAGGAAGUGGCCUCAAGCCUUUUGUGUACAUCGACGAAGCCCUUACGCAUAUCACCCGCCAGGGACCACGUGCUAUGAACGACCCAUACCACAAGCCGAAACUGUACACCAACCCUAGGCCAGCCUACGACCCCCACACAUUCCUUAAAGGCUGCAUCACUACUGGUGGUACUACCGCGACUCAUCCGUCUGGCGAACGUGCGUUCACACCACGCGAACUCUCCCUCUUCCAGAGCUUCCCAUAUGUGUAUGAGUUCACAGGCACUAAGAGCGACGCUACAAAGCAGAUAGGCAACGCAUUCCCUCCCAUAAUGGCCCAAGCUAUGUACCAUAUCAUAGCUAAGACUCUCGACGCCUUUGACAACGGCCUCAUCGGAGCGGAAGAUGAUCUCUCUGAAUUGGACGCUCUGCUGGAACUGAGGGGUGGGAACCAUGCACAACAGCGACGUCGCAAACCUAGCAUUCCAGGUCAAGAUGAUGAGAUCAUCUACGUACCGAGCGACAGCGAAUGA